AGAAGGUAGUGUACCAAAUAGGUGCCUGUGCGCAGGCAUUUAGCUUGGUGCGAUGUCAUCUCCAACGGGUUCUUCGGCAAUGCCUUCCGUUCCAGACUGGGCGCACCCCACUCCCUCUCCAUCAUUGACGGUUCGCAUGCCAGACCCAAAGGCAUGGCAGGCCCCUCAUUUCGGUUCUAUGCUCAAUGGCAAGACCUUGAAUCCGGCCAUCAACCAUGACCACUCCGAGUCGCUCCGAGCGCUUCUGUCGCAGGUGUGUGCUCCAUUUGUGCAAGGGAUGCUGAACGCAGUAGAACAGCUUGUGGAGCAGGAGGUGGAGCGACAGGUGAAGCAGCACCGACAGCAGGACUGUCAGGUUCCAGUCAUGAAUUGGCCGCCCCGACGGCUGAGUAGGGAGCAGCAGCACCAGCCACAGCAUUGCUUCGGAAACCCCGAUGGGGUGAAUUUCGGAGCAAUGUUCGACGCCCAAGCCAACCAGAAUGUAGGUGAAGCUGAUUCUAUGAAGUUGGCGAACGUGACGUCUGUCCCUUUGCCAGAGGAAUCUUCCGAGGAUGAAGCGGAAGCUGAUGGCGAGCAGCGAGGACGCUUCCAGGCUUUGUUCGGAGGCAAGGUGCCACCAUCAGGCUCCAGGUCUUCCUCGCGAUCUGGUAGAUCAAACGCAUCCUCAGAUCCCAAACCCCCAGGUUUCGCGGGAAUUCCCAUGAUGAGCCAUGCCCAAGCGCAAGCGGCGACAGCUCCUGAAGGGGAUCCGCUCUACCUUCAGUGGUCUUCCCAAGGGCAGACAGGUGGCGAGCGGCCAUCUCUCACGCCCACGGUUUCUCCAGUUGCGCCUCGAAUACUGCCUGGUGGAAAUCAGGGACAAGGCAAGCCCAUGGACGGUGGCCAAGGCCAAAGCCCGGAAAGCGCUGGUCAGGCAAAGUCCGCGGUGGUGUGCCGACACUGGAAGUCCAAGGGAUGGUGUCGAAUGGGCACCGAGUGCAAGUUUGCGCACCCAGAGCACAAGUGCGGUGCAGGAAUUUCGUCAAAGAAGGAAAAGGACAAAGGCAGCAUUCCAGGCACUACUUUGACCAAACCUGAAGCUGCGGGUCAAAGCCAGGUACGGCAAAGCAAAGGAAAGAAAAGUAAAAGCAAGGAGGAGGUCAUGAUGGGAUCUCCAGCAUUGACGCCUGGCUUGGUUCACAAUCCAGGCCCCAACCCUUCAUGAAUCUUGACGGCUGAGCAGGUGGCACACCAAUCUAGCGGACAAACUCUCUCUCUCUCGCUCUCUCUCUUUCAGUUCUUUCUCUCUAUGUCUCUCUCUGUCUCUCUGUUUUUUGUUUCUCUUUCUUUCUUCCUUCUUUCUUUUUCCUCUGUCUCGCUCUCUCUUCAUCUGUUUUUGAGAUCAAUUGAUCCGUGAUUUGGUUUGUCCUGGCGCAUCUUGCAAAGUUUGCCUGGCCACGGUUAAAGUUUCACCGGUUUGUCCCGCUGACCAAGCAAUAUGUGUUUUAAAACUUCGGGCGCAGCGGUCCAGAACCCCGGCCCUACUCGCCAUGCUUGGACGUUCACGUGCAAAGUACCG